AUGGCAAGUUGGAUUUACGUCCGGGACUUCGUAGUCCAGCAAUCGUACUUCAUGCUGUUGGCUGACGAGAAUCAGUAUUGGUGGUACUUGCAAAGGUUUACCGUGGAGGAAGUGGCCGGCCCACGAAGGAAUGGUUUUCUGAUUAAAUUUUAUUUCAACGAGAAUCCAGUUUUUCGAAACCGGGUUCUGUCUAAGGAAUACAUCGUAAUCGCAUCUGGUGGUUUUUUCGUCAAGGGUGUAGCUAGUACUACGCUCAAGUGGCAACAGGGUCGACAGCCACCGGAAUACGGCCUUGCGCAGCAAAGUUUCAUCAACUGGUUCAGAGAUGGUGCCACCUCGGAAAUGGACCAAAUGUUGGGUAUAUUGGAUUACUACUUGCCGCAAAUGAUCGAAGCUGAGAGACGACUGUUUGAUAACGCAGCAGAUGAUCUGGAUCUUUCGAUUAUUACGGUGGAUGAGGAGGAUGAGGUGAACGAUAGUGGCAUAAUGUUGGAGGAAGCAUAUGAGAUAGAUUCGGAUUCAUGA